UCUGGUUUUUUCUCCGUCAGAUUUGAGAGCGAAAAUCAAGGGCAGAGUCAGAGCAAAGACGAAAUGCAUCGUCUCAUUUUUGGGCAUUCUUUCGCCGAGCUCGUGGCACUGAUCCUUCUCCCCGGGCUUGCAUUCUAUUUUCUCAAUAAGAAGAAAACUAGUGCGAGAAGAAAUGCAGAAGAUGUUGAUACUGGCGCAUCCGGUUCGAUGACUGUGCCAACAAAAACUAAUUCUGGUGGAUCUAGUUUGUCUCCGACCAAAACUGAUAACGAUGCAUCUAGUUCGUUGACCGCGUUGACUGAAAGCCGCUACGAGGUGUUCUUGAGUUUUAGAGGCUCAGAUACUCGACAUGGCUUCACCGAUCACCUCUACCAUGGGCUCCUCAAAGCCGGAAUUGUUGCUUUCAGAGACGAUGACGAGCUCUACCAAGGCGAGAACAUCGGACCAAAGCUAAUGGCAGCCAUCACGACCAGUAAGAUCCUGAUCCCCAUUCUCUCCGAGACUUAUGGUACAAGCAGUUGGUGCCUGGAUGAACUGGUUCAAAUAAUGGAGCGCAAGAAAAAUAAUGGGCAGAUAGUGUUUCCUAUAUUCUAUAAAGUGAAACCAGCUGACGUGAAAUAUCAAAGCGGGAGUUUUGGAGAGGCAUUUCAUAAGCGUGAGACGCGUUUGCUUAAGAGGUCUUUCGACCAAACGAUUUUGGACAAAUGGAAGCAAGCACUCCUUGAAGUCAGCAACUUGAAAGGAUACGAAGCCAAUUGGUCUGAAGCAGAGUUGGUGAAAUUGGUUGUCCAAAAAGUGUUGAGUGAACUGAAGAAAAAGUUUGAAUUGGUUACUUCUAAGAAUUUGGUAGGAAUAGGUAGUCAUGUGGAGAACAUUAUGGAACUUAUGGAUAAUAAUUCUCAUGCCCCCCUGUUUGUUGGCAUCCAUGGAAUGGGAGGCAUUGGUAAAACUACUCUUGCUAAAGCCAUCUACAACAAGCUCUCCAAUCAAUUUGAGCAUCAUAGCUUCAUUGCUGAUAUAAGGGAAUCAUGGAAGCAUUAUGGCACACAUUACUUACAGAGUAAGUUAAUCAAUGAUAUAUCGAAGCAUGAAAUUAAAGUUGAUAAUGAGGAUGAAGGGACUAACUUCAUCUCCUUCAUGUUUAAAGCUAAAAAGGUUCUCGUUCUUCUUGAUGACGUGGAUAAUGUCAAUCAGGUGAAGUGUUUGGCUGGUAAUCAUGAGUGGUUUUCUUUGGGAAGUAGAAUCAUUAUUACCACCAGAGACAAGAGGAUUCUUGAAUUAGCUGGGGUGGACCACAACUAUGAACUUAUGGAAUUGGAUGACAAUCAAUCUUUGAUUCUGUUUAGCCAACAUGCGUUUCGAAUGGACUUUCCUCCAAGUAAAUUUGAGGGCCUCACUCGUGAAGUUGUAUCCACCACCGGAGGACUUCCCUUAUCCCUUGAGGUUUUAGGUUCAUUAUUGUACGGAAAAGAGUCAAAAGUAUGGAGAGAUAUGAUAAAGAAGUUAAAAAAGGUCCCUCGCAUAGAAGUGCAAGAAAAGUUAAGGAUAAGUUACGAAGCAUUAGAAUAUGAACAAAAACAAAUUUUUUUGGAUAUCGCUUGCUUUCUCAUUGGCGCUGAUAGGAGAAUCGUGUUCUACAUGUGGGAUGCUUGUGACUUUUUUCCAGGGGAGAAUAUUGAAGUAUUGAGAUUUAUGUCAUUAAUAAAAAUUGGAGAUAAUCAUGAGCUCCAAAUGCAUGACCAAUUAAGAGAUCUUGGUAGGACAAUCGUUCGCGAGGAAAACCAGCAACAACCUUGGAACCGUAGCAGGUUAUGGGACUCCAAGGAAGUCUUGGAAGUGCUAAAGGGAUAUAAGGGAACAGACAAGAUUGAGGCGAUUAUUCUGAGUAAAGGCAGCUUAGAAGGCUUCUACAAAAUGGCUGAGCGAGAUGGCGACAUUUGCACAGCAAAACGAUUCAAGAAUUUGACGAAUCUAAGAUUUCUUCAUAUCGAAGGGCCACGUAUAUUCUUUAGUAUCAAAGGGGCACGUAUCAAUGAAGAUUUUAAGGACUCAAUGGAGAAGUUAAUAUUGCUCCAAUGGAAAAAUUGUCCCAUAAAUUUUGAAGUAAACAAUUUUCACUUAAAGAAAUUAGCUGUACUCGAAUUGCCGGAUAGCAAGAUAAAUGAUAAAUGGGAAGGAUGGAAAUCUUUCAUGAUGGCAAAGAAGCUCAAAUAUCUCGACCUCACGGAUUGUCACUGCUUGAGAAAUACGAUCUUCCUCUCAGCUUUUAAGCAUUUGGAGGUUCUCAUCCUCAAAAAAUGUCGGGGACUGGAGCAGAUCGAUCCUUCAAUUGGAGACAUGAAGGCCCUCCUUCGCUUGGAUUUGAAGCGGUGUGAGUCCCUUGGAAAGCUUCCAGCAGAAAUAGAGUCUCUGGAGAAUCUGGAGAUUCUGAAGAUUUCUCACACCGGUAUAAAAGAAUUACCCAAGGGUAUUGGGAGGCUGAGAAAGCUCCGAGAGUUACGCGCUUCAGCUUGCAGACUGAAAGGGGAAUUGCCGGAGAGCAUGUGCAAUCUUUCUUCUCUACAACGCCUUGAUUUUGUUUACUGCAAACAGCUCCAAUCGUUGCCGGACAACCUUCCUUCCAGCUUAACAGAUUUGAGCGUCACCUGUGGAAGCCGCAAAUUGCCCUCACUUUCCCACCUAACCCAUCUCAAGCGACUACGAGUUUGGUUCUGCAGUUUUCUCGAGUGCAUCGAAGUGCUUCCAUCAACACUAUCGAAGAAUUCAGAAUGCUCCCAACCGACAGACAUUGAAGAAUCAGAAUUACCACAAUCCCUAAACACUCCCUUCGAGUUGGAAUUCUUGAUCGUUGGGGACUGUGGAUUUAUUAAAACAGUGGACGUUUCACAGUUUAUCCAUCUAAGGGAAUUAUACGUCAUUAAUUGCAAGAAUCUAGUUGAAGUUCGAGGUCUUGAACUUGACAAAUUGAUAUAUUUGGAAAGCUUGACUGUCUCGAGGUGCGGUUCAAUUAAGAGGCUGCUCCUUCCAAAAUCCAAGAGCCUGAAGAAAUUAGAUGCUUCAAGGUGCAAGAAAUUAGCCGAAAUUCAAGGCCUCGAUAGGUUGGAGUUUUUGGAAAGCCUGGAUAUCACUGAGUGCGCCUCCAUUGAAAAGCUAGACCUUUCAAAAUCCGGGAGGCUGAAGAAAUUAGAUGCUGGAGAGUGCAACAAAUUAGCCGAAAUUCAAGGCCUCGAUACGUUGGAGUUUUUGGAAAGCCUGAAUAUCUCUAGGUGCGCCUCCAUUGAAAAGCUAGACCUUCCAAAAUCCGGGAGGCUGAAGAGAUUAGAUGCUAGAAUGUGCGAGAAAUUAGCCGAAAUUCAAGGCCUCGAUACAUUGGAGUUUUUGGAAAGCUUGAAUAUCAUUGGGUGCACCUCCAUUGAAAAGCUAGACCUUCCAAAAUCCGGGAGGCUGGAGGUAUUAUAUGCCUAUGGCUGCGAAAACUUAGCCGAAAUUCAAGGCCUCGAUACGUUGGAGUUUUUGAAAAUCCUGUUUAUCUCUGAGUGCGCCUCCAUUAAAAGGCUAGACCUUCCAAAAUCCGGGAGGCUGAAUAUAUUAAAUGCCGUUGAAUGCAUAAACUUAGCCGAAAUUCAAGGCCUCGAUACGUUGGAGUUUUUGGAAAGCCUGGAUAUCUCUAGGUGCGCCUCCAUUGAAAAGCUAGACCUUCCAAAAUCCUGGAGGCUGAAGGAAUUAUAUGCCUAUGGCUGCGAAAACUUAGCCGAAAUUCAAGGCCUCGAUACGUUGGAGUUUUUGGAAAGCCUGUAUAUCUCUGAGUGCGCCUCCAUUAAAAGGCUAGACCUUCCAAAAUCCGGGAGGCUGAAGAUAUUAAAUGCCGUUGAAUGCAUAAACUUAGCCGAAAUUCAAGGCCUCGAUACGUUGGAGUUUUUGGAAAGCCUGGAUAUCUCCGGAAGCAAGUCACUCAAAACAAUUCCAGAGUUACCUAGAACGCGGAUUUAUCAAAAUUACUAGAACAAGUGGCCCACAUUUUCUAGCGAAUAUGGAUCAGAGUAUACGGAUGACUCGGAUGAGUAAUAUAGUGGCAAUGAUCCACAUUUUCUUGCGAAGGUACAUAAAGCAGGAAUCCAGGAGAGAUGUUCAUGGAAGUUAAUGUGUGCUUUGGCAAAAUGAUUUUGCUUAUCAUGCCAAUAACGGAAAUAGACGAAAAGGCUUUCUAAGCGCAUCAUUUGUCAUUAGUCUUUGGGUAUUUCAUAGCAUGCCAAAGGUCAUUGUGUAGGUCGAGAAAUGCUAUAUGAAGGACCCUAUAUGGCGGUCCUUCUAAUGUGAGGUUUUAGUUUGCUCUCCACUCAUCAUGCAGUUCAUGACUGGAUGUUUCUAAGGCACCCUUACGAGUGAAUUUACGGUGCAAAAGGAGCAUCUUGAUAGGGCAUCCCUUCGUAUGCAUACGCUAAUGACUUGGGAUAAAAUUUGUCCAACCAUUGUGUUCCACACAUUUUAUCUCACAGAACUGUCUGCAUUAGCUGAUUAAGGUGAUCGUAUUGGUCUAGAAAAGCUAAAUGCAAGAACAAGCUCUUCUCCUAGUGGUGUGGUUGUGAGUGAACUAGCAAACAGGGCAGAAGCAAAAGCAUCGUGAAUUAUUUGGAUCAAUUGAGAAAAUUACAAUUCGAAUUUUUCUGACUAUGGAUCCAUGUUCAUUUGGUUUGAAUCCAGGAUAUCCCUAGUCCAAGGCUAAUAAUAGAUUAUCCCAAAGAAUGAAUCUUGAUGUUUGUAGAGUUGGUAUAGCCAUCUGUCAUAUACCUGAACUUUUGAGCCAAGCAAGACAA